CACCAGCUUAGUCCAGUUUCAAAAACCCAUACCCAAAGUGUAAUCAUUGCAUUGAUUACAAAUUCAAAAAACCAUCCCCAAAAUGUAAUCACAGUUAUAACCCCAAAUCCAAUGGCAAUUCAAUUUCUAUAGAGCGCCAAAUUCAACUAACAGAAUCAGUUUCAGUUUCCCUUUCAGUUGGUUGAACCCUCUUCUUCCUCUCACUCUCUCUGCACCAUGUCGUUCUCCCUCAUCGAACCCUGCAAGAAGCGAAGGCGAGUUCCCAAGAUUUUCCGGUUGCACUCUUUCGGCGACGCUGGUUGCCCCAUUGCGCCUUCGGGUCCCUUCCGCGAUAACGUUCGGUUGUUUCUUCAAGAAGCUGGCGAACUCGAAGAUUACACCGUUUUGGGUAACCCUCUUUGGGGUACCCUUCUCAUCCAUGGCAAGAGCAACCAGAUGGCUCCGUUCUACACCCUUGAAGAGAACGUCUGCAACUCCUCGAACCCCUUCUGCGAUCACUGUCGCUGUGUAGGUUGGAGUGGCCAUUUUGUAUCCAAGAGAAAGUACCAUUUUAUUAUACCAAUGGAUAAUGGGUGGCAUAAACCCUUAGGUGAGGGUGCUCUUGAUAAUCAGGGUCAUCUCUUGCAUGGGGUGGUUCAUUCCAAUGGGUAUGGACAUUUGGUCUGUCUUAAUGGCAUUGAAGGGGGAUCCAAAGUUCUCAGUGGGAGAGAGAUCAUGGAUCUCUGGGACAGGAUCUGCACUUGUCUUCGAGUGAGGAAAGUGGCUGUGGAAGAUGCUUCAAGGAAGAGGUCUAUGGAUCUUCGCUUACUUCAUGGAGUUGCUUAUGGGCACUGCUGGUUUGGGAGGUGGGGAUAUCGGUUUUGUCGUGGAAGUUUUGGGGUGACAGAGGAAAACUACUCUCAAGCAAUUGAAACUCUUGGCUCUUUGGAGCUUGAUGAGAUUGUACAAGAUUUAAGCAAGACAAAGCAUCAUAAAGAAAUCAAACAAAUGGUUCGCAGCUAUAGAGAUAUGAGUGAAAGCCAGAUUAUCACAAUCAGGGAUCUUCUCAGGUUUAUGCUCACUAUCAAGUCUCGAGCUCCUAAGUCAAAGGUAACAGUCACUUCUUCUGCUGCUGCUACUUCUUCAGCAUUCAUCUCAAGAAAUUCCACCAAAAACCCACUUUCAAACAGACCAAGUCCCAUGAAGGAAAAAUCUGCGAGGUAUAAGAAGUUCAGCAUUGCAGUGGCUAACAUGGAUAGCAGGUGGCCCACAAGGAGGCUAGAGUUUGCUGCACAAGUGAUUGUGGAUGCACUGAAAGACUCGGGUUCUGGUAGGAUGACAAGGCAAGAUGUGAGAGAUGCUGCUAGGCUCCACAUUGGUGACACAGGCUUACUUGACUAUGUGCUGAAAUCAAUGAACAAUGUCAUUGUUGGAAACUAUGUCGUUCGCCGCAUGGUGAACUCAUCAACAAGGAUCCUGGAAUAUAACAUUCAUGAGCUUGGCAAGAAGGGAUUCAAAACCCCUAAACUGGAACCCCCUGAGGUAAUGGCUCUUGAAGAUCCCGAAGUAGAGUCAUCUUGGGAGCCUGGCAAUGAUGUUUACAGUGAUGUAGUUUAUCUCUACAAGAAUGUGAUUUUGGGGUACCCAAAUUCAGAGCCAGUGGACUUGUCAGUUCAGACAAUUCUUGACAGCAGGCACUUUGUGAAGGAGUGGCCAUUAAGGGAUGAAAUGGAGCAGGUUUUGACAUUCAUUUGCUGCUUGAAACCGAAUUUCGUUGACAAUUUGAAAGGGCCACCUUGUGGUGAGAUUGUUGUGGUUCCACUGCAUGCAACUGUUGGGGAUUUGAAGCAGGCUGCUGAGAUUGCUCUGAGGGACACUUAUUGCAUUGCAGACAGGCUUAUAGUGACAGACAUCGCAGAGUUUAUGGGUGUGAGAGAUGAGGAAGUGCUUUUUGGACUAGUUGAAUCAGGGGUGGAGCUUUGUGUGAGGGGAAUUAGUAUAGAUCUGUGCACACCAUUGAAGUAUCAGGGCGGGUCGGAUAACUGGAAGGUGAGAUGUGAAUGUGGAGCACAAGAUGAUGAUGGGGAGAGAAUGGUGGCUUGUGACAUUUGUGAGGUGUGGCAGCAUACAAGGUGUUGUGGGAUAGAUGAUUCUGAGACAGUGCCUCCACUCUUUGUGUGUUCUGGGUGCUGUGAUUCACUUGUGCCACCAAGGAUUGAUUCUGGCCUUGAUAAGGAUUGUUUUGAUGGUUUUCUGAUUUCAACUGAGCCAACCCAUUUGCUGGAGUACGGGUAUGGCUACUGAAGGCGGCUUGAGUACUGGUGCAACACUUGUUGAUUUAGUCACUACACUAGUUUCUGUUCUGAUUUCGAUUCUUGGUUUUCAUGUUUCUUGUAAAUAUACUUCUUAGAAGUGCUCAUUUUUUGUAGGUGAUUGAACUUUCUAUAUCAUUUUUUGGAUGAUAUGAAAAUUCUAAUCUUGUAAAGGGAAACAAAAUAAGAAAAUAGAAGGAAUAAUACUUCAAUCA